AUGGGCAGGAAGCGUGCUGCCAGCGCGGCCGCCCCAGCCGCUGGCGGCCCCUCUGGGGACGCCGGCGGCCGCGGAGCGCGCGGCGGCGCUCGCGGUCGGGGCAGCGGGCGUGGCAAGCGCGCCAAGACGGCAUCAGCGAGCGAGAGGGAGGCGACCUUGGUGGGGCCGCUGGUGAUCAGGAAGAGGACUACGGACACCAGUGGCGGAGGAGUUUGCGGGCGCUGCGGGGCCACUGAGAGCAGUGACAACCCCUUCCCCGACGUGAAGACGCCCAACGAGCAGAUCCAGAAGUUCGCCCACGCGUGCUCCUACCACUUCUGCGGCUACGUGAAGGGCAAGUUCUGGAUGGACUUCAACUGGUCUUCGAUGUGUGCCACGUGCGAGCAGGACGAGGAGCUUGCCGAGAGCUUCGAGGCGGCCUGCGAGACGAUCGACGGCAGUCGCGAGGCCUCCUCCCUGCCGCAGGCCGUAUCGACGGACCACCAGACAGGCAUCAUGGUCUUUUCAGACUGCAUCUUGAUCACGGAGAAGCAGUACCAGGCCGACAUCGCCCCGACAGGGGCUUCCGCCUUGCUGCCGUCUCAGGCUGGCGAGCGUGAGACGACGCUCCAGAACGAGAUGAAGGGCGAGUCCGCCACAGGAAUCUUCGCGAGGGACCCGCAGUCGCCCUACCUCAAGGUGCGCAGGUUCAGCACGGUGAUGGGCAGCCGCGUCGAGAAGGCGCUGAGCGCAGAGGACUGCUGCAAGGGCGGCGCAGGCAUCGCUUGCGAGGACGUGAUCAUCCGGCUGAUGCGGGAGGGGCUGCCCGUCUCAUUGAGGGGGCGCGUCGACAUCCCCACGGUGUCCGAGCUCAAGCUUCGAGCCGUCGGCGCAGCCAGGGCGCUCGGGCUGGUCGGGUCCGAUGGGCCUCACGGGCUCUCCCAGGUGGCAGGCGGGGGCCCGCUCGCGAUCGCUGACGCAAUCGUUGACGGCACCGUCGGCGACUCAGGGCUUGCUGCACAAGGGCCACGCGGCGGCCAGGCGACUGGCAGUGGCGGGGCCGUCGUUGCCCAGCAGCCCGAGUCCGAGGCGUGCGGGCAUGUUCCUGGCGGACUCGACGGAGAUGGUGCAAGCGUUCCGAGGCUCGAUGUGACUGCUGAGCCGUCGGUCGCGGGCAAUCGCAGCGACCGUCGAGGAAGCGCAAGCGCCGCGGCGUGCCAGACGCCACCGUCCGCCAAGGGGAAGACCCCGCCAGCCGAUGCGAAGGAGAGGGAUCGGUACCAGGAGAUCGUCGCCAGCAUCAACAUGGGCCUCCUCUUGACGACGGGCGCCAACCACAGCAUCGGCGAUCGCAUUUACGCCUUGAAGCGCUUCAAGCCGAAGAGCGAGCUCAUCGAGAGCCUCCAGCGGACGGCACUCGCCGACAUCGAGACCUGCACCUCUCUCGGUGGCAACGCGCUGGACGUCAUGUCGCUGGACACGCGGGUCCGCUUGCUCAAGAAGAUCAGGCGCGUGAAGCUCGACGGCGCCGAGUCGUGGAUGAUCAACUUGUGCGCGGUGGCGACCAGGGAGGCCAACGAUCCGAGCAUCAAGGUUGACAUCGCACUGCCGUGGAAGUCUUAUACGGUUGGAGACUUCCAGCCGCUGGCGCCGUCGAUGGCAGAAGUCGGCAUCGCAGCUGACCGCAUCAUCGACGAGGGCAGGGAUUUCUUCAUCAGCAACGUGGUCUUGCCUUUGACUCGGGCGGACGUAGUCGACACGGAGUACAUGAGUGCCUUGAUCAGUGCGAUCCGCGAGGAGGCUGGCCCGUGCAAGAACCUUGCCUACGAGAUCUUCGUGUUCACCGAGGCCGUUCGCGUGUUGCUCGACUCAUCACCCACGGCGCUGCUGGAGUGCACGUGCAGGUCUGAUGUGCGCAAGCUCCUGCGAGAGGAGUUCGGGGCGACGUGGCGCACCGUCGUGGCCACCUUCGGUGCUGAGUGGCAGGAGGUGCUGGCUGAGUACAAUCGCGCCUACUUCUCCGACGUGAAGUACGGGGAAAAGGUCAAGCACGAUGUCAUCGGCGAUCUGCUGGAAUGGGGCGCAUUCCUCCGCAAGGGCGCCGCUUCUGGCAUGCUGGACUCGUUCCACGAGCAGGUGGUCGGGUGGAUUGGCGUCCAGACCGCCCAGCUGGAACAGGGAGGACACACACCGACCAUGGACUUCUCGACGAGCCUGAACUUGAAGCUCCUCGAACUCAUCUCCGGGAUGCCGAAGAUCCGCGGCGUGGACGAGGUCACCAUUCAGAAGUUCAACGAGCUGCAGAGCAACGUGGAGGCGAUGGGGUCUAAGUUCCACAUCCACGGCCAGGCUACCAAGCUUCGCGAUGCGUGCUCACAGUUCGACCCUUCUGACGCGAACUCCGUGAAGACCAUCACUGGCGCGCUGAACUCCACUAUGGGCGAAUUGUUCGGUUCACAAGCUUGCGUGGCCGCGAUGGGUUCUUGCGCCCAGGUCUGCUUGUCGCACGCUGCAGCUGUGGGUGCCGACUCAGUCAAGAGGUGCGAUUUCGCGUCGAACUUAGCCGGCUAUGCCGAGAAGAUAAAGACCAUCGCGAUGAUUGCCACCGAAGUCUUGAACCGCAUCCUCGAUCCCAGCGCUGAGGCCAAGCAUAUGAUGACUACGUGCAAGUGCUUGCGCAUCCUGCUGACCCUGAUGGUUCAGGUCGGGGAGCUUGUCCAGGUCGAGCCGUUCUCCGAGGCAGAGGUGAACGAUGAUGUCAUCGAGGCGUCGGCCGAUGACAGCCCAGCUCAACCAGGCAAUCCGACAGCCCCACGCGGCUCGAACCUCGAGGACUACAAGCCUGCCCCCGCCAUGCUGGAGUUCGCGGGUUUGGCGAAGUCCGUUGUCCAGAAGGCCCGCGUCGUGAUCAAGAAGUUCUCGACGGCAUGCUGGGAUGCGUCCCACGAGGCAGGCUUGGACAUCUUGGCGGCGCUGGCCGACUGCAAGGGGGGGGUGUUCAACAGUGGCGGCGAGCACUGGUCGAAGGGCGCGGAGCUUGAGACCUGGGAGCAGUUGUCCGACCACGCGAAGCGCACGCCCUUCAAGCAGAAGGGGAUCACGGUCACGGUGCGCAAUCGCGAAAAGGAGUUGCACAACCACAUGGUCUCGUUGAAGGAGAUCGCUGCUGAUCACGGUGCCAAGGAUCAGUGCUCAGAGUUCGAGAAGAAGGCGAAUGCCGUCAUCGGCAUCGCUUACGCUACCAUGUUCGAGGCGCGGCUGCUGCAAGCGAUGAGGGGGGCCAAGAAGGCGGCCGACAUCAAGGAGACGCUCUUCGCGUUCAGGGAUGAGCUGCACGACGCGAAGCUGUUCAGCGAGAAGAACGCGCGCCCGAUGGUCACCAUGAAGUUCGAAGCAAUGCAG